AUGACUGAGGAUUCCAAGGAGCAGUUGAUCAUAAAGGCCAAACUGGCCGAGCAAGCAGAGCGAUAUGAAGACAUGGCUGAACUGAUGAAGGAGGUAGUUAACAUGGGCACAGAACUGACCUGUGAGGAGCGCAACCUGCUUUCUGUCGCCUACAAAAAUGUCGUUGGAGCCUGUCGUUCUUCUUGGCGUGUUCUGGCAAGCAUCGAGGGAAAAGCUGAAGAGGGCAGGAAAAAGAUAAUGGCCAAAGAGUACCAAGAGAAAAUUGAGACGCAGCUCAAUGGAAUCUGUACGGAUGUUCUGGAACUCUUGACCACAUAUCUCAUUCCAAAAGCAAGCGCGCCAGAGAGCAAAGUCUUCUAUUGGAAAAUGAAAGGCGACUACCACCGUUACCAAGCUGAAGUAGCAACGGGAGACAACAAGGACAAAAUCAUCAAAGACUCUGAAGAGGCCUACAAAGGGGCUCAGGAAGCCAGCAAAGCGAUGAGCCCCACGAACCCAAUCCGCCUUGGUCUUGCACUCAAUUUCUCUGUUUUUUACUAUGAGAUCCAGAACUCACCCGAGAAGGCCUGCGAACUGGCAAAAGAGGCUUUUGAUGAGGCGAUUGCGGAGCUGGAUCAGUUGAGUGAUGACUCAUACAAAGACAGUACACUUAUUAUGCAGCUACUCAGGGACAACUUGACAUUGUGGAAAUCUGAAGGCCAAGGUGAAGAUGUGUAG